GGGACUCACACGUAUUUAGCCAUGGCUCCAAGUGAAGUGAGGAAGUAUUUCGAAAAUAAGGCAGACGAGGGUUUAGCAAUAUGCAAUGUAUGCAAUAACUCUCUUUAAAACAAUAGACUUUCGAAUUUAAAAACACACUUAAUAAAACAACACAAAAUUAAUUUAAACGUGCAAAAUCUUGAAAAUAUUGAAACGUCAUCCACGAGUUCCUUAAUUAAAACAAUCAGAAAAAAAAAACUAAAAUAGAAGUUAAUAAAAAACAACUAAUAAGAUCCUAUAUAGGACUGGUAACAGAAGACAGCAUCCCUUUUAAUGUCUUAAAUUCACCAAAUAUGAGGAAUAUUCUCGAUCCAAUAUGCGAAGGCCUGAAGACUGCGGAUGGCAAAAUAAUGAAAUUAAAUGCAUUAAACUGCAAAAAAACACUCGAAGUUGUCGCAAAUAAUAUAAGAUCUCACAUAACAAGUGAACUUAAGAGCACAUUAUUGUCCUUAAAAAUAGAUAGUGCAACCCGAAUGUCCAGAAAUAUUUUUGGAAUAAGUGCACAAUACAUAAGAGCUGCUCAAAUAAAAUCAAUUAUUCUGGGGAUGAUUGAAUUAAAUGGUGCAGGAUCAAGUGGAUCUAAUAAUCUUGCCGCCGAAGUAAUCAAAGUCCUCAACUGAUAUAAUAUAAAUUUAAAUCAAAUUGUUUCCAUUACUUCUGACAACGGUGCCAAUAUGGUUAAAACUACAAAUAUUUUAUCAUAUCUUUCUGAACAAAACAAUGAAGAGGACGACGAAGAGUGCACCAACGACGAUUAUAUACAAAAAAUUGAGUUCAUGGAAAAAGUGCCCUAUGUAUUAAUAGGUAAUAUUCAAGUUUGUCGUUGUGCUGCACAUACAGCACAGCUGGUUGCGAUUGAUGUAAAUAAAUCACCGGACAUACUUAAGUUCAUACUCAAUUGUCGAAAUUUGACAAAAUACAUAAGAAAAGCAUCGAAUGGAUAUCGCGAAACUUUUGAGCUCAAAAAAUUGAAAAUGCCACAACUAGAUUGUCCAACCAAGUGGGGAUCUACCUACACAAUGCUACAAAACUUGUUGGAAGCUAAGGACUUGUUAAGAAAAAUUGAAUCGGUCAAAAACAAAACGGAUGAGGAUAAUUUUGACAUGGAUUCCUCGUUUUGGGAUUUUAUUGAGACGUAUUGCAAUGUUUUUAGUCCCUUGCAAAAAUCAAUAAAAAAAUUUCAAGAGGAGCAAUUUCAUUACAGUAACUUUUACGCCCAAUGGCUAAAGCUUAAAAUUUCAACAGAAAAAAUGGUAAAGGAUUCAACUCAGGAUUUAACAAAAACUAUCGGAAAUAAAAUUUUGAAUUCUAUAGAAAUACGAACAAAAACAUUGUUAUAUAAUAAAUUCGUAGUUUCUUGCUUGUUUCUGGAUCCUCGCUUUCAACAUAUAUUGUCAUUGCAACAAAAAAGUGAUGCUAUAAAUCAUUUGAAAUCUAUUUGGGACAGAUUAUAUAAUCUAAACCCUCUUGGCCAUAUGUGCUCAACUCCGAAUUCCAGUUUUAAUCAAAUGAACAAUUACAUUUUUGACGAAGAAGAUGAGUUGUUAGAAGCAUAUUUAUCGCAAGGCGUUCAUUCGGAAGUGAACAGUAUAUACGUAUAUACAAAAAUUGAAAAUCUUCAACUUUCGUAUCAAAGGAUUGAUAUAGACAUGGUAUCGUAUUGGAAAGGUAAACAGGAUACCGAUCAGGAGUUGUACGUAAUAAGUAAUGUUUGCUUUGCUGUACCGCCAACUCAGGUUUCGAUUGAACGAGCAUUCUCCACUCUGAGACUGGUGCUUACCGACUACCGCAAUCGUUUAAGCCAGGAUGUUCUUGAGAACAUAUUGGUGGUUAAGUUAAAUCCCAGCUUUUUGGAUGUGGCCAUUGACACCUUGCCACUAUUUGAAAAUGAAAAUAAAUAA